AUGGAGUCCCUUCUCCAGCAAUCCCGGGCCAUGUGUCCCUUUCUCAAGCGCACUUCGCCCAAUGCUCUGCGUACCCUCGCGACCGCAACUCGCCCCAGCACCAGUCCCGGCGGAGGCACCAUGUCGAACCUCCAGGUCCUGGCUCGCCGUUGUCCCGUCAUGAGCAAGGCUCUGGCCGUCCAGAGUGCUCGAAUGGCCAGCACCAAGCGUUUCACCUCGACUGCGGCCGGUGUGGCGGGUAUGACCAACCGUCAUUUUCGUCCCGCUCCACCCCGACGAGACCUGCAUUCGACCAGCGGCAAUGGCGCCAACGUUAGCCCCGACGUCUACAAGAAUCCCCAGAAGAUUCAUCCCAACUAUCCCCGAGCCCAUGCUCCGGUCGGUACUAUUCCCGCCGCUGUCUCUGGUCCCCGUCCCCAUGCCCCGGUGUCCAAGCCCUUCGACUACAACGGCUUCUACAACAAUGAACUGGAUAAGAAGCACAAGGACAAGUCCUAUCGCUACUUCAACAACAUCAAUCGUCUCGCCCAGGAGUUCCCCCGCGCUCAUACUGCCUCCCGGGAAGAGCGGGUGACCGUGUGGUGCUCCAAUGACUACCUGGGCAUGGGCCGCAACCCGGAAGUGUUGGCGUCCAUGCACCAAACCCUCGACACUUACGGGGCCGGUGCCGGAGGAACUCGCAACAUUUCGGGCCAUAACCAACAUGCCGUGGCUCUGGAGAACACUCUGGCCAAAUUGCACGGCAAGGAAGCCGCUCUCGUCUUCAGCUCGUGCUUCGUCGCCAACGAUGCCACCCUGGCUACACUCGGCAGCAAGAUGCCAGACUGCGUCAUCUUGUCCGAUAGCCUCAACCAUGCCUCGAUGAUUCAGGGUAUCCGUCACUCGGGGGCGAAGAAGAUGGUCUUCAAACAUAAUGAUCUUGUUGAUCUGGAGACCAAGUUGGCCUCUUUGCCUCUCCACGUCCCCAAGAUCAUCGCUUUCGAGUCCGUCUACAGUAUGUGCGGAUCUAUCGCGCCGAUCGAGAAGAUUUGUGAUCUUGCCGACAAGUACGGUGCUAUCACUUUCCUCGAUGAGGUCCACGCCGUGGGUAUGUACGGACCUCACGGUGCCGGUGUCGCCGAGCAUCUCGAUUACGAGGUCUACGCUUCCCAGGACACUGCCAACCCCCUCAGUACCAAGGGCACUGUCAUGGACCGCGUCGAUAUCAUCACCGGAACCCUUGGUAAGGCGUACGGCUGCGUCGGUGGCUACAUCGCUGGAUCUGCCGCCAUGGUCGACACCAUCCGGUCGCUCGCCCCCGGUUUCAUUUUCACCACCUCUCUUCCCCCAGCCACUAUGGCGGGUGCCAACACGGCCAUCCAGUAUCAGGCCCGUCACAACCGGGACCGGGUCCUCCAGCAGCUGCACACCCGCGCGGUGAAGAGCGCCCUGAAGGAGCUGGACAUCCCCGUGAUCCCCAACCCAUCCCACAUUGUCCCGCUCCUCGUCGGCGACGCCGAGGUCGCGAAACAGGCCUCGGACAAGCUGCUCGAGGAGCACGGCAUUUACGUGCAGGCCAUCAACUACCCCACCGUGCCGCGCGGGGAGGAGCGUCUGCGCAUCACCCCGACUCCCGGCCACGUCAAGGAACACCGUGACCACCUGGUGCAGGCGGUCCAGGCCGUGUGGAACGACCUGGGCAUCAAGCGUGCCAGCGACUGGGAGGCCCAGGGUGGGUUCGUCGGCGUGGGCGUUGAGGGCGCCGAGGCCGAGAACCAGCCCAUGUGGGCCGACGCCCAGCUCGGCCUGGCUGCGAAUGAGCCCCUCGAGGUAGCUCUCGAGAGGGAACUGCAGCAACGCGUCGCCCCGGCUCGUCUGCAGACUGGCCAGGCCGCCCGUCCUGUGGCUGCUCCUGCGUCCAUGCCGGUGGGUGUUGCCGCUUAA